AUCUUAUCUUUUAAUUGUAUAGGUUCCUUGAAAUCGAAGGGGACGAAAUGCGAUGAACUGAACUUAAAACAAGAAAUAUAUAAUACUGAAGGUGGUGAAGAUAUUUGUAAUUUGUCCAGUAACGUAAUUGAGCACGUGAUCGCAGAUUAUGGAGAGGUCGAAGACGAUGUGGACCAGGCAGUUCCAAUAUCAACUGAAAAUGACAAUGACGCUGAUGGCGAAGAAGCUUCAGAUUUGUCAAGAAACUCAAGUUUGAUUUAUGUGAGAGACAAAAAAUCAUCUCAGCUGGAAAGUACCUCGAUCUCAGUUAUACAGGAUAUGGAAACUGAGAAGAAAACACCAGUCUUGUCUGAGGUUGUGACACUUGGGGAAAGGGCACCACCAGAAGGACAUGAUGUUAACGGCAAUAGUUCUGGCGAUGAUGGAGAAACACAGAAUACCCCAAAACUAAGCAAAACCAUUAAAAUAGAAAAAGUAGAACAGAACGAAGACGUUCCACAAAACGACAAAACAAAUUUGGUUGCAAAUGAAUCAGAUAGCGAAACAGAAGAAUCUGACGAUAGCUCUGACGAAACAACGGAUGAUGUUAAGCCGCUGGCUCAGAAAUUGUAUCCUUUCCAAUUAGAGUUGGCAGAAAAUGCGCUAGCUGGCAAAAAUACUAUCAUAUGUGCUCCAACAGGAAGCGGAAAAACCUGGGUAGCCUUAUACAUCAUAGACAGUCAUUUGCAAUCGGCUGCAGACGCAGGACAAAAGAAAGUUGUAUUUAUGGCGAGGAAUGGAGCUCUAGUCAAGCAGCAAAUGGAUUUCAUUUCCAAACAACUGCCGUUUGCAAGGGUCAAACACUUGAAAGGAGACACGGAAGAAGCUAUGAUGAUGCAUGCAUUUCUUGAAGAUUAUGAUAUAUUUCUCUUCACACCUCAAAUUCUUGUCAAUAAUUUGAGCACAGAUGUGAAAAGCUUAUCUGUAUUUUCUCUGAUGGUGUUUGAUGAAUGUCACCACACAAGAGGUAGUGAACCGUAUAGCAUGCUGAUGAAAAACUACCUAAUGGAAAAGGAAAAAUUAAAGGGAACCAAAAAUUUACCACAGAUUAUUGGUCUGACAGCAUCUAUAGGCACCGGAAGAGCAAAAUCCCAGAAAGAUGCCCUUGAUCAUAUAUUUCGAGUGUGUGCAAGUCUAGAUGUAAGAUGUUUAUCAACAGUAGAAAAGAACCGAGAAGAUCUAGCUAAACACGUCAGUGUACCUAGUGAAGAAACAAUACCAAUGAAAAGACGACCAUUUGAUCCUUGCAGAAGCAUUCUUCUUCAAGCAGUGAAGGAAACAGGAGAUUUUCUGGAAGAUAUAGCUUUAAUGGAUCCGAAAUUGAUACAAGUUAUGCACAAAUGUCCGAGUGAUGUAGAGUCAAAACGAUAUGCACAGUGGGUGGCAGAAGUUAUCAAGGUUGCUGAAUCACUUACCCGAGGUCAAGGGAGAAAUAUUGCAUCAUGUGCGAAAUACCUUCAGAUUUACUACAAUGCCUUGGAGAUAAACAGAUUACUUAGAAUCCCUGAUGUUGCAUUCUACAUUGCUACACAGCAUGUGGAAGAAGCUGAAUACCAGGAUAGUUUCACAAAGGAAGAAACACAACUUUUGAAAAAAUUGAAAGAAUUGCAGAAAGAGCUAAGAAAACUGAAUGCUGAAAAUCCAAAUGUUCAUGCCAUGAGUAAAAUCUUGUCAAAUCUUUUUGCUGGCGAGGACGCCGACGUUGACUCUAGGGCAAUGGUAUUUGUUCACGCUAGGGCAACAUGUAGAGCGUUGGCAGAUUUUCUCAAUGACGAGUUGGAAGGAAACUAUGUGAAAACAAGUCCUUUCCUAGGAAAAGAAACUAGAGGCGCUGAUAAAGGUAUGACUGAAGAUGAACAGACAUACAUAUUAGAAGAGUUUCGGGAAGGAACUUUCAAAGUUCUUGUGGCUACAUCGGUCGGAAUGGAAGGUCUAGAUGUACCCGACUGUAACAUGACUUUAAACUAUAACUUCAACGUGGAUGAAAUUAAAAAAAUACAGAUGUCAGGGCGUAGCAGAAAGCAGAAAGGAAAAGCAGUUAUGAUAGCUACUGAUGCUCAAUUUGUUAAGGACAAAAUUACAUUGUACAGGAUAAAACUGAUGACAGGUGCUGUAGAAGAAUUCAAGAAGUUGGAUCAAAACUCUGUCAACAGACAAGUACUUGCAGUUCAGAAGAAACUGUUAGACGACCACAAAUGGCAACUGAAAACAAGAGAACUUAAACGUAUCAAGCAAUCCGAUGCAAUCGAUUAUGGAAUACUAUGCAGGAAAUGUGAUGCGUUUGUUUGCAAUGCAUCUGAUGUUCGAAAAUUUGACACGUCAUAUAUGGUUGCUUUGCGAGGCUUUGGAGAGAAAAUCUGUAAAAAAGAACACACAAAAAGAGCAAAUAUGGGCGCUUUAAAAAAGAAGUAUAAGAUGUUUUGCCAAACGUGUCCCAAAGACUGGGGAGUCAUCGCAGUUAAGGAUGACAUCGAGUAUUACGUUCUGAAAUUAGAAAACUUAAAAUUUGUCAGCAGCAAAGAUCAAGAAGAUGUGACAACCUACAAAAAGUGGUCUGAGGUGCCAUACAAGAUCACAGAACUUGGAAUUAAGGAUUUGUCCCGUAUGUAUGACGAGACCAAUUAAAAUCAUUUGGUCACAUCUUUUUAAAUAGACAUUCCUCAAGUAAUAGAGAUGUUUUUAGGAUGAAAAUCAAAAGGGGAUUUUAACUGGUCAUGGAUUCAUCAUUUUUCUUCGAGGAGACUGUCAUUCAAAUUAGGGUUUUUAUUUCAUUUUUCUUAGUAUUGUAGUGAUAACACCAGUAUUUGCAAGUUCAAAGUUAUUAUUCGAAAAUAAUAGAGAAAGCGUUUUGUGACGCGCGCUAUAGACACGCGCUUUUUUGUUAAACAUAUUUGAGGCACAUUUAUUUGAUUACCUUUCACUAUUCAACGGUAACAGUAUUAGAUCACAAACAGAUACCAGCCGUAGUGGUAACGGUAUUAGAUAACGAACAAAGGCUGAGCAUAGAGGUGGUUAUUAGAUACCAGACGGACGCCGAGUAUAGCGAUAACGUUAUUAGAUGAAAUAUCUACAGUAACUGUAGUUGUAUAAAGAAUACGUUAAAAAAACUGAUAAUCUAUGUAUGUCUGAUGUAUAUAAAUCCCGCACGAUAACUCAAACGAUAGCAUGUUUGAUAAUUUUAAUUUUUCUUCUUUUAAGCGUUUCAAUACAAAAAAUGUUUUUGUAUAACAUUACAGUAUGCACUUAACUUCUAUCAUUGACAACUUUUUUGAGUUAAACGAUGCAUGAGAACCAUAACAAUCAAACGAUAAUAUAAACAUGCUGUCGUGCGGGAGUUGUACCUUGCUGUCUAAACCUAAAUGUGUAAAUAUAAGCUGUCAUGGUGUGUGUUUCUGCUUUCCGGUCGGUAUGUUUGAUUCGAAGUCAGAAAGACAGAAAUGCACUGUGAUGUAACGUGUCAGAAGGUGAAAGUAAAGUGUCUUGCAUUUUUGCUCCGAACUUGAAUAGUGCGGUCGGAAAUGAACACAUGUCUUCAUUUGAAACUGGAAUGAUGGUUACCUGAUAUUCAUUGCUAGCUACUGAUUUUAACAAGUUGGUAUUCCUUUUUUUGUAUAAUUAAAAUCAUGUAUUGGACAGCCUACUGCAUGUAAUAUUUCCGAAUCGUCUAGUUCCAGGUGGACAUGUUUUAUGACGUUGUUGUUUUUACCUGUAGAUUAGUAUUUUAUUAGCAUACAUAAUUGUAAGCAAAACUUGCACUAAUGUGCAUGGAAUUUUAAGGGAUUAAUUGCAAACGACUUUGUUGAUGAUAUAUCCAUGUUAAAAGUGAGCAUUGGUUUAGAUUUGAUUUUCAUUAAUUCAAUUUUAAAUAUCUUUCCAUACUUUAAUAAUCUUGUAAACUAGACUUUCCUUCGUUUGAAACGCACGCAAAAAUACCGUCAAAAUGUGUUAUUCUUAUUUCAGUAACCUUUGUGAUACGGCCAAUAGCUGUUGACUUCAACAGAAAUAUUCAGUCGUCUAGUUUUUGAUAGAAAAUUUAGUCAUGUAGUUUUCUCGUACCAUUAGAAAAAAAAGUCGUUCGUCGUAUUAAUUACACCUGUACAUAAAUGAGGAAUUACACAGUAUUUGACAUUAAAGUUUAUCUUGUGCUGGUAUUGCACGGUGUGGAUGUCCGAGUGGAUUUUUGUCCCUGUUUUAAACGAAAUAUGAGUAUUAUGUUGUUGAGAGUGUAGGACGGGACAAUUAAAAAGGUUAACUUUGAGACAAUAUUUCUGUUUUGAGACACUGUAUAUUCGUCUUGUACACUCAAAGUUUAUCUAUUGCAUAUUUGUUUGAUAAGUGAGUAUUUUUUCUAAUCUACUAUAAGCAUUAUCUGUACAGAAUUGCACUGAGGUAUGUACCCAUGGUGUACUGUUGAGUACAAAAACCAUGAGGAAUAAUAAAAAAGAAGACAAAGGUUUCAAUGCCAAUAGAACAGUUUCCAAUAUUCAUAAGUCCAUUGACUACACAUUUUAAUAUUAUGAUUCAGUGUUCUUGUGAUUGCAUAUAAUAAUCGUUUAAUAAAGAUAAAAGGUAAAA